AUGAGAAGACCCGAGUGCAAUCUGUCCCUAACCAGCAGGGUAAUCUGGGGCAAACCACUCAAACCUCUGACCUUGCAUCCAUUUCCUCAUCCACAUAAUAGUGAUAAUAACACUCGGGAGCACUGUGAUAUGCAACUCACAAAUGAAAAGCAUGCAGACGAGAAACCCAUUAAUGCUAUCAUUAUAAAUUCAGUAUCCGAAUUCAAUAUCACAGAUGGACCAGCCAAGGAAACCCCCAGUGAGAAAAAACUGUCAGAAUUCAGCACAUCACUGUCCUCCCUUGAAGAAUGCCAAACAAAAUUUUCCUACCUCCAAACUGAUACUUCAGUUCAUCAGAGAGACACUGAUGAGGAGUGUGCCUCUCUCAUCCUCACCUGUCUGUUUUGCCAAUUUUGGGACUGCCUCCUGAUGCUCCCAGAUACGUGCGAAACAGUGUGUACCAACCUGUGCUGCCCCUCUCACAGGUACCACCACACCUCGGAUGAAAGCCACCCGCGGCACGACUGCAAGUGCAACUGUGACGUCGACUGCAGUCUUUUUGAAUCUUGCCACGAGACCAGCGAGUGUCUGGAGUUGGCCAUGGAGAUUUCAGAAAUCUGUUACCGCUAG